ACGGAACCAUACUGGGAUACAUGAAACGAUUUUUGGACAUGUUUCGGCCUCUGGUGGUCGCAAGUCAUAGGAAGAGACAGUGGACGGCGAAAGUUACGUUUCCAAUUAAUUACAAAAAACAACAACCCCGCUUUCAAUCGAGUGCACUCGGCGAUCACUGAACAUAUUUAAUGAUCAUCCGCACAUAAAGAGGAACGAUUUCAUUAUACUUUUAUAUCUGCUGACUGCUGUCAAACGUCGCGCGCUUGAACUGGUCUCCACUUCCGCGUACAAUGUUUUUUUCCAACGACAUACAACAAGUUUAGAACAGGAAGCCUUCAGAGGCGCUUGUCACUUCGUCUCACCUUUGAGGAGAGGAGCCCGGUUUUUCCAGUGUUGGUGCGACCUACGACAGCAUGGAUUGCGAAGACGCCCAUAAUGGGCGCGGGCCGUCAGGUGCUCAGUGUUCAAAUCCAGCCAUGAACAUAAUUGGAGCAGAGGAUGAAGACUUUGAGAAUGAUGAGCAACCCAUGGUGGAUGAUCAGUGCAGUCACUUUAACAGUAUUGAACUGUUGAAAUCCAGGCCCACCCACCUGCUGGUCUUCAUUCAUCAUGUCAUGUUACAGUUUGACUGUGCUCCUGUGCCAAUGCGGUCUACCCCAGCUAUGCUACCUUCAUGCUGACCUCUUCAAGAACUUCAAUGCCAAAGACACCAAGAAGCACUUUGGGGAAUUCUACAACUCUUUCUUGGAAAAAGGAGCGAUUCUUAAAAUAUCUGUGCCAAAUAACCUAUCCUAUGAACUGGAUCGCAUGCGUUCAGAAAUAAUUACCGAAGAACAACAAAAACGCAUUGCUAAUGAAAUCCAGUUCAUGCAGAGUCCAGAGAUACUGCGGCAGCUGGACGACUUCAGGCAGAAGAGGAUGAUGGGAAUGACUCCCAAUGAGCGUGAACUAAAUGACGUGGAAUCCCAUCGUCCAACUGACCGCAUCCCUAUGGACAUGAAGGAGAAGGCAGUAGCUGAAUCCUUGCUGGAAAAGAUGUUUGAGGCCAACCCUUCAAUUGUUCCCGACAAGGACAAAAGUAACUGCAUCUUUGGAGCAGUAGCCUUUUAUAUGAAGCACAUUGGCGUCAAGACCAGAGCACUUGACAACAAGAAGACGAAGUCAGGAUGGCGGCCCUCUGUCCCUUCUGUGCUGAAGCCAUGGGGAGCCAACAAACCAAGCAAAAUAAUCAAACCGCCUGUAUUCACCCAUGAUGGUAAGCAAACUAGAUCGGACUUUGAAGUAAAGCCAACCAAAUCAACCGUCCAAUCUCAACGAGCAUCCAUAAGUGAUGGUGGCACCACUCCAGUGCGGAAACCUGGUGUGGCAGGGUCAGGUAGCACGCAUGGCUCGGAGAGCAGUGAAGAGAUGACCAUCAGCUUCAGUGUGACUCCUAGUCCUGACUCUCAGAGUGACACGGGUGUUAACAAUAAUCGUUCAGACCCCAGACCAGUCUCAGAGGGGGGAGAUGCGUCUCCCGUCAGCACUGGUGGGGGUCUCUCCGUCUGUGAAUCUCCCUCUGUCAUUGACAUCCCUCCAGAUGACAUUCAGGACAGUGGCAGAAAGAAGACAAGGAAUGUGCGCCGCAGCGAGAGCCUUUGCGUGGAGCGCCGUCACUCUCGCCGUAGUGGCUCUACCCGCGCCAAGCAGUCUCGCUCCCGUAGCGACGUGGACCUGCAGUCAACUUCCACCUCCAUCCCCCUCUCACCCUCCCCACAGCAUUCAGUCUUUGUGGAAGGUGGGUUGUUCCCUGAUGGCCUCGUGACUGGUCCUGCUUUUGGCCCCUUCCCUCAGCAGGAAGAGAUGGAGCCCCGUCUCCUGGAGCUCGAGCAGGACCCACCCAACUGGAGGGCCCUUGCUUCUCCUGAGGACUUGAAAAAACUGAGCAAGAAGGAAAUCAAAAGACAAGAAGUUAUCAAUGAGCUGUUUACGACAGAACAUGCUCAUGUCCGUAUGCUGAGUGUAUUGCAGACUGUGUUUUCUCGGCCGCUGGAGAGGGAAGAUAUUAUGAGCAUAACUGAACUGGCCACCAUCUUCCCCAGCCUUGAUGAUAUCAUAGAGAUGCACUAUGCUUUCUAUGAGAACCUGAAAAAACUGAGGCAGGAGGAUGAGUACAUUGUCAAAAUCAUAAGCACGCCACUUCUCAACAGGUUCAGUGGAUCAGAGGGAGAGUGGUUUCAGAAGCUCUCCGCACGCUUCUGUAGCUACCAGUCCUGGGCUCUGGAGCUGAUAAAGAUCAGACAGAAGAAGGAUGCCCGUUUUAAUGCUUUUAUACUGGAGGCAGAGAGUAAGCCACAGUGUCGGAGGCUACAGCUGAAGGAUAUCAUUCCCAUAGAGAUGCAAAGACUAACCAAGUACCCUCUUCUGCUAGAAAACAUUGCCAAGAACACAGAUGAUAAAGCAGAAAAAGAGAACAUUAACCAAGCAGCAGAAUCCUGCCGCAAGAUCCUCAACCAUGUCAAUGAAGAAGUUAAACUCAUGGAGAACCUGCUGAUUUUGAAAGACUACCAGCGCCGACUGGACACAUCAGGACUGAAACAGAGCAAUGACCUCUACAGUGAGUACAAGAACAUUGAUCUGACCACCAGAACAAUGCUGUUUGAAGGACCUCUGACAUGGAGGGUGACCAAGGAGAAAGCGAUCGAUGUGCACUGUGUUUUGCUGUCAGACCUGCUGGUCUUGCUUCAGAAGCAGGAUGAUAAGAUGGUUUUGAAGUGUCAGAGCAAAAGCAACGUAGCCAUUCAGGAAGGCAAACAGAUGCUGAGUCCAAUCAUCAAACUAGAAUCUGUUUUCCUCAGAGAUGUGGCCACUGACCCGAAGGCCCUCUACGUUAUCUUCACUUGGGAAAGCGGAGCACAGAUCUAUGAACUAGUGGCUCAGUCCAUCGGGGAGAGGAAAAAUUGGACAGAGGUGAUUAAGACUACGGUUGACGAGUUGAAGAAGAGGGAUGGGAAUAAGAUAAAAAGACAAAAAAGCAGCAGCAUAUCUAACAGUGUCCUUGGACCUUUAUAUAGCCCUUUGCAUCCCCCUCUUAGCCCCACUGAAAAUGGAGAAGACCUGUUGAAAAGUCGCAGUGAGCGAUUUAAAGACAGUCCUACUGAUGAGAAGAGUAGAGAAACUGAUUCUUCACUCAUAGACUACCUAGGGGCCAAUGGCUUUGACCUGCUCAGCCAUAGCCACGCCCCUCCAGAGAAGUCUGCUUUUGGUGCUUUGGAUGAAGUCAUGUAUUUGAAGAGGCUAUUGGUCGGCAGUAUUAGCCUGUCAGAUGACUCUCAGACUCUUGGGGAAAAUGCACCUGAAAGCCAGGAGGCAGAUGGAGUGGAGGAAUCCAGCACAGAAGGAAGAACUGAAGGAGAAGAGAGUGGGGGAGAUGGAGGGAAUAAAGGAGAAGAGGAAAGAGGGAUAAGUGCUCCUCUAGUGCUUUCUGAGGAACGCAUGGAGGAGGUGCAGAGGAGACUACAGACUCUUGAGGAGCAACUGAAGAGAUUGCAGGCUGUUGAGGAGGACCAUUAUAAGUUGCAAGAAGCUCUUGCUAAAUAUUCACUUCAGGGGGGCAAUUACAACUGAGAAACUUGACAACCUGCUGUUACAAGAUCACUGUAUGUGCUGGACUCAAUACUUCGCUGAUUGACUAAUUCUGCCUGAAUUUUCCCACUCCAUCUCUUCUCUCUUUUCGACUGCCCUUUCAGAAGAUUGUCAGCAGGCCUCCCGCACUUUCCAUGCCACUGAGAAAUGAAAUGAAGUGGGCGUUGCGAAAUGAUGUAUGAGUGUGUAUGUUUCUGUUUAUAGUUAUGAAAGACAGUCUUGCCAAAAGAUGCCAAAGAAAUGUGCAACACCUAGAGAGAUAUCAGAGUGAAAUGCUACGUGUACAUGUGGAAGCAAUGUAACAUACAGAAACAUGCUCACACAGACACACACACAAACAAUGAUAAGCAUGCCAAAAGUAAUUUAGUACCAAAAGACUAUGUAUAUUCAUAGAAAAGUAUAGUUGCAUCUUUGUGAAUGCAGUCUUGAUGCAUAUGAAGCCUGCUUCUCAAACUGUAGUUUAGUCAGGUUUUAAAUAAGUUAAAUUAAACAGAUAAUGUGCCCUUUUAUGUUUUGCCUUUUUAUACACAUUUUAAGAUGUUCACUCAUCCUAAUAAUUAUUACCUUACUAUAUAACAUGUAUUUUCAAAAAUAAUAGAUAUUCAAAAGGAUAUAUGUAGAACUGUUGUUGCAUGCAUUGGCCAAAUUGUUGUAAAGUGCAGAGUUUUUUUGUCUUCUUACCAGAAGUUCUGUUGUUGCUCUGCGAAUGAGAAAAGAAGUGCUAAGUAGGAUAGAUCAACAGAUGGAUGAGCAAAGGAAGCAGAGAGAAGGUUUGAGGAAGGUGGGCUUGCUUAUGCCUAACCGCUCUGAAGUGAAAUCAAGGCGAGCAUUGAUGUUGAGCGAUCUCGUCAGGGUUUGAUAUUGUGGUUAUAUUACAUAGCAUUUUGAAUGACCAGCUUGCAGGUGCAUCCACACAUCCUUGCUGUUAUAAUAGGAAGCAUGCACAAUGUAUAGCAUUCUCUAAUGCAGCUGUUGCAGAUCGUACUCUGGUAGGUGAACUCAGAUCUUAUGAUAAUCAUCACACAUUACCUGUUUGUGUGCUCUAUGCAAAUUCUGUGUUUGUGGCUUUAAAAGGUAUCAGUCAUUUCUGACAAUUCAGUUUUUUCUGUUUUUAUGUUCGACAAUACCAUUACUCUACAGUUUGCAAAAAUAUAGUUGUUUUUCUGUAAUUGCUUGUAACAUUGUCUCUCAGUUUAUUUUAUUUUAGGGAGUCAUUUUCUUUAAAAGCAGGACCAAAGAAAUGAUUGUGGAACAAAAUUUAGAUAUGUAAACACUUUUGCCUUGCAUGGGGAGGUCAGCUGUAAAUUGGAAUAGAGAAGUAUCCUGAUUCUCAUGGUCAGUCCAUGAUUUCCAGCUUAAGGGACUGCUCUCCCUGUCUUAUUAGGAGACCAGAGCACAGAGAAUCAGACACAUGCAGGGGUUCAUAGGGUGUUAUAUCUCAGAGUUUGGAGACAGGAACACAAACUGAAGGUUUUCUCACCAGUACUGUAGUUAUUUUCAUGUAUUCAUGAUGCUACUGCAACAGGUCUUUUGACCCUUGACGGACUUCAAAAUUAUGCAACUUAUUUUACCUUAUUUGUUACAUAUUGUGAUUUAUAUUCAUUGUAAUUGUGUUGAUCUUUGUGAUUUCAGUAAGCCCUUGUUUCCUUUUCCCGCUCUUUUCCCAGCUGAUUACCUUCACCAAAUGGUUUAUCAGAACAAUUUACCAGAGGUCUUGCAUUCUGGUCGGCAGUGUUGAUCCUAGUUCAUGUCAAUCAGACCUUUUGUUCAUUUUCAUAAUUUUUUCCUUUUAGAAGUAGCAAACGAAAAUGUUUAAAGUGUGGUAAUGAAACUAUCAUGGUGCAAGAUCUGUUCUGCCUACUUCACUUUCCUACAGUCCUUUUGCACAAUUUCUUUUAUUUACAAUUGCUUGAAUGGGUGGUUUAUUCAUAUCCUUUGAUUCAAAAAAAAAAAAAAAAAUUAUGUAAUUACCAUAAGUAUGCAUUGCCUAUUAUAAAAGAAGAACUGAGAGAGUCAGAGUGCACCCUUAACUAUAAAAAAGGCUUCACUGAAUUUCACUUUUAUGGUAAGAGUCUUAUUUUUGAUGUGGAACUGACAACAAUUUCAUUUUGAUUAGAAAGUUUUAAAUUGAGCCUUGACCCCUUGAUAAUGGUGUGGUGUCAUUCUCUCUCAUUUCUUAAUAUUUUCAUGUGUAUCUGUUACAUAUACGUACUGUAUACAUGGUGAUAUAUCUGUAUGUUUAAAUCUAUUUAUAGGGUGCCUUGUGCAGAUUGGGUUUGUUUUUAUUUCAAAAGGGCUCUUUAAUUCCAGCUGACAGGCACGGGUGGCCUUGCCCUCUCCUCAUUAGCGAUGUUCAGUGUUAAAUAUUAAUCUGAUAUUUUGCUCCAGACCCGCCAAAUUAUAGCCGUUCCACUCAUUUGUUGUUCUUAAAAAUGUCUGAGUGCUUAGUACUGAGUGCCCUUUGUUAGAUCUUUUAAAGCCUCUGCAAUCCAUGUUUUUUAUGUAAUUCUGUGUACAGGAGUCCACUCAUUACAGGCAUUCCUGCUGUCUAUUUAAAUGAUUAUGCAAGGACUAUACUGUGUAUUUGGGCUUUGAUUUUAUAUGUAAGAUACAUAAAAAUUUAGGUACUUUUUUUUCUUUUUCUUUUUUUUAAAUAAAUGAUCAAAAAUGA